AUGCAAGAAGUCGAGGACAACUAUGAGGAUGGUGAAACAGAAGAAACAGGAGCCCCGGGCAUGGAACUUAUGGAGAUAGAUGAUAUUCCUCAGACCCAAGUUGUUCUUCAUGAAGAUAAAAAGUAUUAUCCGAGCGCAGAGGAAGUUUAUGGACCCGAAGUCGAGACUUUAGUUCAGGAAGAGGAUACUCAACCUUUGUCUGAGCCAAUCAUUCAACCCAUUAAGAUUAAGAAGUUCCAAAUUCAAGAAAAAGGUCUCCCAGAGACAAGAUUCAAGAAAGAAUUCAUGGUAGACAUGAUGAAUUUUCCUGAAUUGGUUAGAAAUAUCGCCAUAAUUGGUCAUUUACACCACGGCAAAACCUCCUUCGUUGAUAUGUUGGUCAAUGAGACUCAUUCAUCUGUGGCAUGGGACGUGGAUAAACAGGAGCGAUACACGGAUACUCAUACACUUGAGAGAGAUCGAGGUAUACUCCAGGCAAGACAUGUCGACUUCGUGGACGAAGUUACCGCGGCGCUUCGACUGUCAGAUGGAGCGGUUAUAAUAGUGGACGCAGUUGAAGGGGUUAUGGCUAAUACUGAACGUGUUAUAAAACAU